UAUCGUUCUUCCCAUUUUAGGAUUUUCCUGGAAAUUAUGAGACAGACGGCAAAGUGUUCUGCAGCCUCUCUUAAAAAGCAUUUACUCAAUUACAUUAGAGUCAAGCCAAGCUAACAACAUUUCUAAAGCACCUUACAACAGUCUAAAACUGGCCAAAGUGCUUAACAAAGAGAUAAAAACAAAUACAAUGGUAAAUGGCCUGUAUUUGUGUAGCACCUUCUUAGGGUUCUACAACCCCCCAAGGUGCUUCACAACACAAUCAGUCAUUCACCCAAUCACACACUGGUGAUAAUGAGCUACGAUGUAGCCAGGUGCCCUGGUGCGCACUGACAGAGGCAAGGCCUGCUGUGCACAGGAACCACUGCUCCCUCUGACCACCACCAGGUGGGUGAAGUGUCUUGCCCAAGGACACAACUAUAACAACAGACUGAGCGGGGCUCGAACCUGCAACCUUCUGAUUACAUGGCGAGCACUCAACUCCUGUGCCACUGUCACCCCAAUGAUGCAGAUGAAACUAACCUGCAAUGGCAAUGUACACCAAAGCUUAGGGGAUGACAUGAGCUCUAUCUAUCAAACUUUAUUUAUUAAGCACAUUUAAAGCACCGCAUCGCAGCUUACCAAAGAGCUGGAAAUGAGGGAAAGAUAAAACAAUCAUAACCGAGCUGAUAAAAGGCUGUGUAAAACAAAGUGGUAAAGGAUCAAUAAAGAAUUUUUAGAGACCAAAAAAAUAAAUUAAUGUAAAAUAAUCAGCAAACCAGAAACAAAACUUGCGUAAGAAAACAAAAUGAAGACAGAGAAAAACAAGGAAAAUGAGAGAAAGGGAGAAACAUCUUCAAAGAGCCUCAGCGAUUGAAAGCUACGCUAAAAUAAUGACUUUUUCAAAAGUGAUUUAAACCUAUUGAGAGAUGAUGCCUUCCUGAUGCAAAGCGGGAGAGCAUUCCAUAAUUUGAGGGCCACGUAUUUUAAUGCUCGGUGCCCCCGUGAAGACAUCUCCGGAACACACAGAAGCUUGAGGUUGACAAAGGAGAAUGAGCUGGGACAUAGGAAGGAAUAGGAAGGUGAGUCAUUUGGUAGUGAAUGGGAUGCCUCUAUAGAAGCCAAAAUGUUACAUUUCAACCUUUUUGCAUUCUGCCAAGCUAGAAAGCAUUUGCCCCAAUAGUACAGGGUUAGCAUAGUCCAAGUAAGAGGUGAUAAAUGCAUGUACAACUCCAAAUGGGGUCUCUUCUGUAUAGCUAUUAACCUUGUUAGAGGGCAAAAUAUGAAAGCAAAUAAAUAAAUAAAUAAAUAAAAUCUCACUGUGGCAUUGAUUUGUGGUGACAUUAAUCUGAAUCAAGUUAGUUUGAUCGCCAGGCUAGUUAUACAGAAUUUGAUAGGACUCAUUUUUAGCUUGAGAACAUUCAUUGCCACUGUCCAGCAGCGGGUUUGACGGUUGCCACCUCGACAGGCGCUGACCACCCUGCGACCAGAGCUUGGGAAAGCCUCCUCAACGGUGGCACAGAACAUGGCCCACUUGGACUCGAUGUCCCCCUCCUCUCACCUGGACAUGUUCAAAGUUCUGCCAGAGGUGACAAUCGAAGCUCCUUCUGAUAGCAGACUCUGUCAAACGCUCCCAGCAAAUUCUCACAAAUGUUGGGCCUAUCAGAUCUGUCUUCUGUUAUCAAAGUCAACUCAUCACGAGGUAGAGGUCAGUUGACAGCUCAACCCCUCUCUUCACCCAAGCAUCCAAAACAUGGAUCUACAGAUCAGAUGAGAAGACAAGAAAGUUGAUCAUGGAGCUGCACCCCAAGGUAUCUUGCUGCCAAACUGCAUAUGGAUGUGUUUGUUAUAAACAAUCUAUGACAAGCUCAGAAGUCAAUAAACCUCUCUAGUUCAAAUUGCAGGCUUUUCUUCCCAAUCACACCUCUGCAGGUCUCAAUGUCAUUGUCCACAAGAGCAUUAAAGCUCCCCAAUAGAACAAGCGAGUCACUGGAAGGAAGACCCUACACCACCCCCUUCAAGGACCAAAAAUGGUGGGUAAUCUGACCUGCUGUUGAUGCAUAAGCACAAAAAACAGUCAGGCUUUGGUGUACACCCACACGUAGGAGGAGGGAGGUUACCCUCAUUUACCAGAGUAAACUCCAACGUACAGGCACCAAGAUGGGGAGCAACACGUAUGUCAGAGUGGAGCAUCUAACUCUUCUCGAGGUAACUGGCUCCUGUGCAUCAAGGUGCAUCCAGGUAAAUCUAACAAGAACCUUUCAACUUUGCACGCUAACUCAGGCUCCUUCCCAGCCAGCGAGGUGAUGUUCCACAUACCACGAGCAAGAUUCUGUGACUGAGAAUCAGACCGCCAAGGUCCCCGCCUUCAGCCACCACCUUCAGUCACCGCCCAUCUCACACUGCACCUGGCCCCUUUGGCUCCUCCUCUGACUGGAGAGCUCAUGGGAAGGAGGACCCACUUUUAGGGCUGUGCCUGGCUGGGAUUCAUAUUCACAUAAUAAUUAUUAAUAUUAUAAUUUAUUUUUCUUUACCCUUCACAUUAGGGAGGGUGGCUUCCCAGUGCCACCUAUGGAUGAGCUGCCACUAUCGGUUUUGUAAGUACAUAAGUAACUUACCCUCUUCUCUUUGGACUCUCACUCCUCUUGUUCUCUCUGUACUUCGUGGUUAUGAGAUAAUUUCCCUUCAGAUGAGAAUUGGCCUGCGGUGGUGCAUUUGAACAUAAAACCGUUCAGAUUCAUGAAGAGUUUGUAGAGUUGGAGGGUUGAAGGCAGGCCUGAGGCAGAGGAGGGGAAGAUGAAUGAAACGGAUGAAAUAAAGCUGCUGAAAGGUCAUUAGUGUGCUGAAGGCAACAGAACUGGUAUCUGCAAAAACUAGUCUGAAUCCUUCUUCAUGAAACGUGUGAAGAUCUGUAGCUGGCUGUCAGCACCUGAAAACUCUCUGGCACAGAUUCACUCGAGAUAAAAAUUUAAUUAAAACAUUUGUAAUGACACGAAACAGCAGCUUGCUCCUCAUGUAGAGUUUUACUAUGGAUCAGAACCACCAUCAGAACACACACACACUUUAUUUUUUUCAAUUUUUGUCCCUGCACUUUUUACCAUCCCAAAACAAUAUUAUGCUAUACAUAUUCAAUAUCUAUUUAAUAUAGUACCAGACCCAAGUGGAAAACAACCGCUUGUGUUGAAGCCUGUUUCCGUUAGAACCGUCCAUAAGCUUAUCUAUUGGCUCUGCUGAUACUUGCUAACAUGUGAUUGGCCGUUCCUGCUGCCACUCCACGUUGCAAACAGGACAUGCUCACUUUUUUUCUAACUGGCCAGCUAACCGGGGGCUAUUCCAGAAAGCGAGUUCAGAACUUCCGGGAUCUCCUGAUAAAUCCCUGCUUGACGAAGCACUCCCCUCCCCUCCCCUCCCUGUUUCGCCGAAUCCACGAACGAUUCUCAGGUGGAUUCAAUCCCCUAUCGUCAUGUCCAUAGGCAGCCUCUGUUAAUAGAUACUAGCCUGUCUGUGAUAAGCCAUCCUUUUAUAUAACUCUUGAAGCUUAACUAGAGUCAAAAUGUUUCAGGAGUUCUGCUUGAAUCUGAUUUAAAUUACCAUAAUUUCCGGACUAUAGAGCGCACCUCAAUAUAAGCUGCACCAACCUACACACACACACACACGCCGCACUCAAAUGCAAGCCACGGCGCAGCAGCCACGUGCAGGUCUCCGGCGCACAGCGCAUGUACGGCCAUAACAUAAGAUAAUUAGAGAGAAAGACGCUACACGGAGGUUUUUCGUUGUUGUUUUAAUUCAACAAAACGAAUUUUAAACACGGGUGAACGUGCCUGCAAGUGUAGAAAAGAAAACCGCACUGAUAGCAUUCAUAUUUCUGGAUGGUGAUCAAAUAAAAACAGAAGUGACACGUUAUUACCGGUAAUUUGCAUGUUUAGAAGAAAAGAACAGCGCUGACACAGUAUUACAGAUUUUUACAGACGUUAGGACCCAUUUCUCAAUACUUAGGUCACAUUAGCAAAACUCUACAGACAGUGUGCACAACAGAAGUCUAUGUGGGCCAAACUGAGAAUCAAUUAUCACUGCUUUGGCACAAAAUGCAUUGAGUGACUACAUCUCUCAAAUGUCAUGAAGUCCCUUCUCACUCAGACACAACAACUGCCAAAAAUCAUUGUACUAACAGGACAUUUUGCACUUGCUUACAUACUGUUCACAAAACUGUAAAACUUAUGUUCAAAACAAUAACAUACUGCAAAACUGAAUACGACAGCAACAUCCAACAGCAAUAUGUUAUCGAAACAUAAAUGCAGUUUAACCAGCCACAGCUGACUCUAACUGUAGAUGGAACAGCUGAACAGGUGUUACACUUUCAAUGUCAUUAUAAAAGUAGUCAACUGCUGAAUAGGUGUGUGUUGUGAUGUGAACAUGGACCCAGCCAGAAAUGGAGAAGUGGCUGAAAGAGGAAGAAUAGAGGCUGGGAGAGGGCGAGGAGUACGUAUGCGUGGUGGCAGAAGAAUAAGAGGAAGAUCAAGAGCUGGAGUCUCAGAUGAGAUCAGAGCUACUGUAAUCAUAGUAAAUCAUGGUCUCUCAAUGAGAGAGGCUGGUCAGAGAGUGCAGCCGAAUCUGCAACGCUCUACAGUGGCAGCUAUUGUUAGUUUUCCGGCAGACCAACAGGUAACUUGUAUUCUGCAAGGGCAUGUGACUCAGUUGCACAUGUCAGAUAUAAAUAAUGUUAUGUGUAAUUGUUUUUGCAUUUCUGCUUACUAGGACUCAACGGUUACCUCACACAGGAGGGAGAGGAAGGAUGUUCACUGAUGUGCAGGAAACCGCCAUUGUUGUUAUGGUAAUCAGAAACAAACAAUGGGAUAAAGCUCACUGAGAUCAGACACAGUAUCUUGGCAGAAAACGUUACCUUUGCAAAUAUUCACAGUUUAAGCCUAACAACAAUUUCUAGAGUCCUGAAGAAACAUCAGGUCAGGAUGAAACCUUUGUACACUGUGCCAUUUGAGAGGAACUCUGAACAUGUCAAGCAACUCAGGAACCAACAUGUCCAGAGAGUCAUGGAGAUCGAAAGCAUGCAAACACACCACAUUUUCAUCUAUGUGGAUGAGGCAGGUUUCAACUUGGCCAAAACACGGCGACGAGGGAGGAAUGUGAUUGGGAAGAGCACCACAGUGAAUGUCCCGGGCCAGAGGGGUGCCAACAUCACAAUGUGUGCAGCAAUAUCCACUGAUGGACUGCUGUUACACAGACCAGUAACUGGGCCAUACAACACUGGAUGGCUCCUUGCGAUCCUACAUGAUCUCUAUGGAAGGGUUGUGCUAGGUGAGGAAAGGGAUGUGGACAGACGGAAUCAGCCAUUGUAUGGGACAAUGUGGCAUUUCACCACUCCCAUGCAAUCAAAGUGGUUUGUGGCCCAUCCCAGAAUGGAGUCACUUUUCCUCCCACCUUUCUCUCCAUUCCUCAACCCCAUAGAGGAAUUAUUUCCCUCAUGGCGGUGGAAGGUGUACGACCAUCAUCCACAUGAUCAAAUGUCCCUUCUGGAUGCAAUGUAUGCUGGUGUCAUGUUGUGGGUAAUGGAUUUCACCCAGGACAUGAAGAAUCACAGGAGAGGAGAGGUACAGGGGAGUACCGGAAUCUACGGAGAUAAAAAGAACAGGAGGUGAGCGAGGCCAGAACCAGGACUAUCAGAGUCUGUAACUGAGAGUUCUUACGGUCAGACACCAGGACUAGAGGAGGCGAACAGGGAGAGGUUGGUCCGGUGUGAUGGUUCAGUGCGUGGGCAGGCGGGCAGACGUGGAGAUAGAAGAUCAGAGGAUCCUUGAGCGGCGAGACGUGAGAACAACUCCAGGCAAGGUAGGUGGUGCAGGAACAGGAUACUAAAACAGGAUACAAAUUCAUUAAUUCAGGAUCACAAGGAACCAGGCUGAUUCAGAGGCUACCCAUGUGAGAGUAUCAACCGGCGCUGGAGUUGAGUCACACCGCUCCUCAAAUCCUCUGCACCUCAAUUAGUGAAACUCCAAACAGCUGUGCAGUCUGCCGCGCCCACCUGUAACACAAAACUGAACAACACUUCACCAGAAGGUGGAGGCAAACCGUGACAGCUGGACGCCUGGACAUAUCAGCAGUAGAUUGCCAGGGAUGGAUCAGGUAUGCCAGAAGAUUCUUUCCUAGGUGUACGGCCCUAGAUGACAUAAUAUGUGAUGUGGAUGAGAACCUGUGGCCAAAUGGAGAAGACCGAGUAGAUCAGCAUAUUGAAUCUGUAUCAGUGGAUGUUGUGUUUACAAAGUCUUGUGUUUUGGAAGUACUUAGUGCAAAAACAAAUACCAUUAAAAAUAAAUGAACAACAUGAAAUAUUGACUAAUUCUGCAUCAUGUCUGAUUCAUUCCAGUAACAUCUAUUGUAAGUAUGAACAGAGAUGUGUCCUUGUUUUACACAAAAAAACGUAAUGCUACAUGUUGUUAGUGUUUUUUAGGUCUUUGUUUUGUGGGUGACAAAGUGUGUUUGUGUGUUGGCUGUCAACCUUUGCUAGUGUUCUUGAGGAAUGUGUUUGAGACCUGAAUGAAGUGUUUUGGUGGUUGUAGUGCAUUUUGAAUGUGAAAUGAACGGUUUUGCCAAGCUGAAACUCAGUUAGGAGAACUGAAGUGUCUAGCAAAAGUGACAUUAGUAUUGAGAAAUGGGUCCUAACGUCUGUAUAAAAAAUAAAUAAAUAAAUAAAAAACUAAUCAGCCCUGGAUAAUUAGAAAAUAAAAACUGCACACAAAACAUGCCUGGUUAGUAAAUAAAACACACUUGCCUACCAGAAAGUCAUUCGCUCUCAUCUUCCUCCUGCGCACUAAAGCCAUUAAAGUCGUCUUCUUCAUUGUCGGAGUUGAACAGCCUCAGAAGAGCUUCGUCACAUAACUUUUCUGUGGCGACGUCAGUGUCGCUGUCCGUGUUGCUGUCAUCAUCCCCGGGUGAAGCUGGCUUGAAUGAGUUCUUCGCGCUGCCGUCUCCAGCGCUGAACCAUGGAUUCAUUCAAGCUUACGUGCGGCAGCACUGUUUCCCUCCUUUACUGCCAGAUCGAUGGCCUUCAAUGUGGCAUCAUAUGAACUCAUACAUGUAGUUACCAUGAUGAGGGGGUAUGGAUUUGAAAAAAAUUAUUCAUUGUGCCGGCUGCUUGCAUGUGCUAAAUUAAAAUGAGCACUUUCUUUGAUUUCCACUUUUGACUUCCACCUGUUUCACUUUCUGCUAAAGCGCCCCCUGGCAGGUGAAGGAAAAUCUUCAGUAAAGCCGCACCUCAUAAGCCACAUGGUUCAAAGUGUGGGAAAAAAGUAGCGGCUUAUAGUCUGGAAAAUACGGUAACUCUAUUGAUCAGAAAUUCAGAAAAUAAGUGUAAAACUAGAAAAAUUGCAUUUGUUGCACAAAUGCUGUUUGAAUGCUGGACAGCUGAAACUGUAAGCUUAAGCCGCCGAACAGCUGAGCUGAAGCAGAAACAAAGCAGAACUGGCUAAAUGAGCUGAAUGUAUUUAAAGAUGUAGAAGCAAAAAUCACCAACAAGCGUGAUGUAGCUCAGAAUAUAGGCGAAGAAUGGAUCAAAAUGCUAAACAGCAGACAAAUGUAAUCUUUGAACAUUUAUCAAAAACUCUGAAACGUUAAACAGCUGGCAUUUGAAUGAGAAUAGUUUAACGGGUACAUUUUUACAAUUGGCUGGACUGUGAAUUUAGAAAUAUUUGCUGAUAUCUGAAACUGAUAGAUUAACAUAUGUUCAGAUUUGAUAUGGGAUGGAUGAAGGGUUGGAUGAAUGAAAUAACGGGUGGAUUGUUGGAUGGAUGUUAGAUGGUUUAUUGGAUGGAUGGAUGGAUGGAUGGAUAGAUAGAAGCAUGUCUGGAUUUAUAUGUAGAUGGAUGGAUUACUUACACCAAGCCGAUCAAUUUGAUGUCUCACAUGCGUGGGUGUGUAAUUCCAUCUAGCCAGAAGAUGAUUGACCUCUCUCAACCAAUAAGGGAGCUGGGAGGGAGCGGGGCACUUUCCCACCUUCUGACGGUCAAUCAAAUUGAACUUAUUUCUAGUUUUAAGUACAAACAGUUCAAAAACAGGAGUCUGUUAAUGGCUCAAUAUUCUUCUUUUUAUAUUCAUUCCUAUGGGACUUGGUUAAAGUGAUUUGUAGUUCCUUGUGUUGCCAUGGUAACAGAUGACAGAAGUCUGCAUUAAUAAAGCUAUGUACAAUAACACAUGAGUCAUUUAAACUUUGAAUAACAUUUCUAUAGUAAAGUAUGUUGAUACAGUUGUGUCUAAAAUGUUGUUAAAUGUUGUUGCUAAGCACGUUGCCAUGGUAACGCAGAGCACAAUAUCAAGUUAAUACAAGACUCCUGGGACCAAGCAGGUUGAAUUGAUGUACCAUACGUGUGGGUGCACAUUUCUUUUAGGCAGAAGACGAUUGAAAACUCUCAGCCAAUGAAAGAGCAACGAAGGAGGAGGGGGCGGUUCCUACCUUCUGACUAGUGUUAAAAUGUCAGCUAUGCUGCUAGUUUUAAGUGUAUAGAGUUUUAAGUGUAUAGAGCUGGUUGGUUGGUUGGUUGGUUGGUUGGUGUGUUGGUUGGUUGGAUGGAUGGAUGGAUG